UUCGUACUCGACGUGAUCGGUACCACAACUAAGUGUAUAUAUGGAACCUAUGGAUUAGUUUGUAAGUCUGUCACAAACGCCUAAUUGGAUGAGACGUAGAUAUUCCAACGUUAUAACGAUCACAGAUGUGACAUCAUGGAGGCUGAUCAGAAUCAAACAGUGUUGUAUAGGAUCAAACACUGGUGCAUUAUGGGAAGUAACGUCACUAAGUUCAUAGCGAUAUGUACCAUAGUACUAAUAAUGAUAGCAGCAUAUAUACCUACAAGUCGAAGAAUGCGUUCUGAUAAGGUAGUAUUGCCACAGACGUUCCAAACAGAGACUCAUAACAGUAACAUGGGAAAGUUACCACGGCAACCGGACCCGCAGGAACGACUAAUUGGUGGAUUUGAUGAUCAUAUUCAGGAACUGAAAAUUAUGGCAGAAUACAAUGCAAAUGAGACAAUUGUAGAUAAUGAUGUAACAAGGUUUACCGAAAACAAUGAAUUUUGUUCAUUGGAAGAAUAUCCUGAAUAUUUUAUGUUAAGUAAUGAAGCAGUUCAGUUUCUGACGAAAGACGGACACCAUGAGAUAUACUUGGCAGCGUGCCAGCCAACCACUUUAUAUGUAUACGGUAUGAGCUUAAAAAACACCAUGGUCCGAUGUCGACCCUGGGUGGACAUGCAAGCACGGGUGUUAGGACCAGACUUACAGUUUUACCCCGGCGCCAAGGCAUAUACACUAAUGUUUAACAAUGUUAGAGUCAGGUGGGCCGGCAAGGACAAAUUUGAGUUAUUAAUACCACCUUUACAGCUGGGAGUUUACUAUUUAGAAAUAUUACUUGUACAUGGUGAAAAUGCCCAUCGUGUUAUGUAUGGAGAUAUGAUCAACACUAGAGGUGCUCGUUGUGUGGACACUGGUAUUGCUGAAACGCCAGUUCCUCUUAUUGUUAAUGACAAUAGUACGUGUCCAUUUUAUAAAUCCGACUCCACUCCUUUAUGUAAAUCAGGAAAUGUUACAGGGAGAUGGGUGAGUACGCCACCAGACGGCUGUGAUGGUAAAGUCUGCGACGGCAACAUUGAUGUACUAGCAAGUUCUGGCCGCGUAUGGGCGCCCUACGACUGUCAUUAUAAAAUAUUUACCCCUGGGGAGUUUAACAAAUGUUUUCGGGACAAAGUAAUUUUAGUUGUGGGAGAUUCGAUAACACAGGAAAUAGCAAAUGAAAUAAUUCAGUUGUACAUGUACAAAGACAAUAAACUACCCAUUCCCUGGGACAUGACACAGCAGGAGAUGGAAAUGCGACGAUCAGUGACCACAUUCUGGCGUUCGAUCAACAAGCAGCACACUAUGGUUGGUUAUAGUAUUUUGAUGGCAAGUCCGCUUGGAUGUGGGAUUGACUGCGUCAAUAAACACACUGAAAGUGAAUUGCACGAUAUCCUUUUGCAGCACGGAAAAGUAGAUUUACUGAUUACUUCAACCGGUGUUCAUGAAGUGGCUCCACUUGAUCGCCUUCACCCAAAGCAUAAAGAUGUGUUUGUAGGAUAUGAAAACGCCUUACCAACUUUUAUUGAAAAAAUCCAGACUUUGGUCAAAGACAGUGGUCAGAUAGUGUGGAUCACGUCACCAGAUGGCAGUGAUCUCGCGAGAUGUAGUUAUCAUGCAAAACCACGCCUCGAGAAAAUAAAUAACAUUACAAAACGUUUUGUUGGCGAUUAUCUCCAUAGUAACAAGAGCUCAUUACCCAUUCAUCUCAUAGACUUUUUCAGCGUGUCUGAAAACUGCCAGUGUGGAAAUUUGCAUAAAGGUCUGCGAUUCAUGAAUUAUGAAAACCAGCAAAAUGCAAUGAAAUCUUACAAUGGGUUUGUAUCCAGAAUGCUGCUACAUAUGUAUAUGACACUGCUAUGUAAUUAG